CUCACUCCCUGGCUGUCUGGCACAGCUUUCUCCAGUUUGAUCGCCAUGCUCUGGGAAGCCUCGAGCAGCAGCUCUGUCAACCCCAUCCAUUUCCAGCAGAAAUUCCAGAGGUUGGUCCCACACUUUGCCGGCUACAGCCAGCAGGAUGCUCAAGAGUUCCUGCGCUUUCUGAUGGAUUGGCUGCACGUUGAGAUUAACCGGAAACCGCACAAAACGCCGAACAUCAUGUCACUGUCCGGGAGCCGGGCUCCCCUCGACAGUCUGGAGAGAUUACGAGAUGAUGAAAAAUCGAUGCAGAUGUGGAAACGGUACCUGGAGAGGGAUGACAGUAAAAUCGUAG